AUGAACUGCUCGGGACCCCAGCGGGACCCGUCCACCGCGGUGGUCCACAUCCGCGUCGCCCACAACUUCAGCACCGCGGACAGCAGCCUCGGGGCUCCGAACACCCCGGACGGCACCGCGGCGCACGCAGCCGGGGAAGCGGACGCUCCGGGCGGCUUGAGCCACGGCGGCCACACGGCGGUGGCGGUGUGCCUGGGCGUCAUCCUCGUUGCGGGCAUCGUCAACAAUUCGCUGACGCUGCUCGUGUUCGCUCGGUUCCGCUGCUUGUGGACCCCCAUCAACGUGAUACUGCUCAACAUCAGCCUGAGCGACGUGCUGGUGUGCGUGUUCGGGACCCCGUUGAGCUUCGCCGCCAGCCUGCGCGGACGCUGGCUGAUCGGGGAGUUCGGGUGCAGGUGGUACGGCUUCGCUAACUCCUUCUUCGGGAUCGUGUCCCUGGUGUCGUUGUCCGUCCUCUCGCACGAGCGCUACACCACAGUGCUGCGUUCCUCCAAAGCGGACAUGUCGGACUUCCGGAAGGCCUGGUUGUGCAUCGGGGGCUGCUGGCUCUACGCCCUGUUCUGGACGCUGCCUCCCCUCCUGGGCUGGAGCAGCUACGGGCCGGAGGGUCCGGGGACCACCUGCUCGGUCCAGUGGCACCUGCGGUCGCCCGGCAGCAUCUCUUACGUGCUGUGCCUCUUCGUCUUCUGUCUGCUGCUCCCUCUUCUUCUCAUGGUCUACUCUUACGGGAGCAUCCUGGUCACCGUCAGACGGAUGGGGAAAAUCAACCCCCUGACGGCGCAGCGUCGAGAACAUCGCAUCCUGAGGAUGGUGUUGAUGUUGGUGUCGUGCUACCUGCUCUGCUGGAUGCCCUACGGCGUGGUGGCGCUCAUGACCACGUUCGGGGGACCGCGCCUCGUCACGCCCUCCGCCAGCGUGGUGCCCUCCGUCCUGGCGAAGUUCAGCACCGUCAUCAACCCCGUCAUCUACGUCUUCUUCAACAACCAGUUUUUCCGCUGCCUAGUCGCCUUCGUCAAGUGCAAAGCGCAACCCCCGUCGGUCGGCGAGCCGCGGCCCAGCCCGAGGUCGGAGAGGUUCUGCGACUCGUUCCCCGAUCGCCGACUUCGCUCGCUCAGCGGCGCCACGGACCACGGCCUGGGCGGCAGUCGCCGCGCCCUCGUCGUCCGCUACACUCCGCGCGGACGUUUCCAGCCCGUCGGUCACAAGAGUGACAGGUGGUGA